GUUUUUGCGGUGUACGCCGGCUGGCUAAAGAAACGUACCCUGUUUUACACGCAGGUGAGCCAGCAGCAAAGAGGUGCGUCACUGGCAAUCUUAUAAAAACGCACAGGUGCCCGCUAAUUGGGCACUAUAGCUGAUUAGUUCAUGUCUGGUGUGUACCGUGGUUUAAUGUUCUGUGAUUUAGCCGCUGCUUUUCAAUUUGAAGACAUAUUUUCGCUGUAAAUAUGAGUGCUGGAGGAGGGACCCCUUACAUUGGCAGUAAAAUCAGUUUGAUAUCCAAGGCGCAGAUCCGGUAUGAGGGAAUAUUAUCGUCUGUCGACACAGACAGGUCCACGGUUGCGUUAGCCAAAGUUAAAUCCUAUGGGACAGAGGACCGACACACAGAUAGACCAGUGCCCCCCAAAGAUGAAAUUUAUGAAUUCAUAAUCUUCAGAGGAAGUGACAUCAAAGACAUCACUGUGUCUGAGCCACCAAAACCACACCAUGGACUGCCUCGUGACCCUGCUAUUGUGCAGUCAUCCAUGGGCAGCUCCCCUGCUGCUUAUCACCCACGCUGGAGUUCAUACAGAGACAUGAUGCCCACCUACAACCAGCUGGCUGCUACUUCUCUACUCAACCAGCAGUACAAUGCAGCACUGGGCCUAGUACCAGGACUUCACGGCAUCCCAGCCAGAAGAGCUCCCAUGGUCGAGCAGGCCGUCCAAACCGUGCCUUCGGCUGGUGCUGCCCAGAAAAAAGGGAAGACUACAACCCAGCCACAGGUCAGACAGCCUGUUCGUCCAACACAGCGCUCUGGCCAGGUUCAGAAGGAGAACAUACCCACCACUAAGCAAAGUCGAGGACCAUCUCAGCCAAGUGCAGCAAAGGUUCAAGGCCAAGGCACAGAGAACCAGAAACAAAGGCAAAAACAAGGUAGUCGCAGGUCCAGGAAUCGAAGCAGAGGCCAACUUCUUGUGAAAGACUCAAAGGCCACCACCUUGCAGUUUGAGUCAGAUUUUGAUUUUGAAACUGCACAUGCUCAGUUUAAAGAUGAUAUCACGAAGGAGGUUGUGGUUGUAAAGGUGGAUUCUGGGGUGGCCCAGGACAGCCAGGGUAUGGAGGAGGAGGACACUCUUGGAGAGAAGUACUACGACAAAGCCAAAUGCUUCUUCGACAAUAUCUCAUCAGACCUCAAGCCCAGGAGAACCACCUGGGCGGAGGAGAAAAAGUUGAACAUGGAAACAUUUGGAGUGCCCGGCCGCUUCCUGAGAGGCAGAGGAUUCAGGGGCAGAGGACGCAGAGGGCAGAGCACCACUGAGCAGCGACCCCUCCCAAAAAUUGGUAGUGGGAGGGUGUGAAGGCUUUUCUUUUUGUUAACAUUUUCUGUAAAUAUUGUAGUCUUCUACUUAUUUAAAAAAGUACCUCCCUUUUUUCCCCAUUUGAAGCUAAGAUUUUUUUUUUUUUUUUCUCCAUCCCAAAUUUGCAUUCAGGGAAUUCUGUACUUCGAAGCUUUAUUAUAUGAAAUGAGAGCAAUUUCUUUGCAUCAAGCAGCUGUGUGCUGGAAGCAAAUGUAUUCAUUGGUAAAAUGCAAUGGAAUUUAGGCCAACAGGCACAUACUUUUAGUUUUAGUUUUUGCUAAGUGUAUUAAACUUGACUGUAACUCCAAGAUGUUUUUGGAGGACAGCUGUACUUUAUUUUUUUUCCCCCACUUCUAAAAUGAAAACUUGGAAGACUUUGUAACAGUUGCUAUUAAAUAACAUUAACAGAA